AUGGACAUAGAUUCUGAGUUUGAAGAUGCUGAACAAACACUUAUCAAUGCACCUAAGGAUACUGCUGAUCAGUUCUGGGGCUCAGUUACGAUGUUACCCACGUCUCGGAAGUCAUACUACGAGAAUCUAGGCGAAACAGUGAAAGCAGUAUCGGACGAGCCAAUUACAACGGUAUUUGAGAACGAGACAAGGUAUUAUGAGAAGUCUGGCAACAUGCGCCUUGUCAUAGGGCCUAUCGAUAACACUGCAGGCCUUAGCAACUAUGAACCUUGGUAUGGAGAAAUUUCCUAUUUCGAGUAUUGGUUUGGGGACAAGGAUUCGGUCGAUUCUGCGCAGUGUACGCCCGUAUGA